CUCAGUGCAGGGGAUACAAACAAACUUCCACGAAGCAAUAUCGAGUUUCCAAUCAUAUUACCUGAGCCUUUUCAUUGCACAAACCGUGGCGAUAGGUGAAACUUGGUCACGUGAAGACACGUUUACAUUUAGAUGUGGUUCACUAAGUUUCUGUGCUCGACCCUUGCCUUAAACAGCAGAAGUUUCCAGGUAAACUGAAAUAUAUGCCACCGCUCUGGAUUCGGAAGUGAGCCAUUUGGCUAUCGCGACCUGACAGUUCCAGGAACAACCCUCAGUGCACCAGAGACGUUUGGGCUCGCUUCGUCUUCAAGGUUGUGAUCUACUGUCGUCAAUGUUGUGAUCGACUUCUAACUGUCGCCAGUGUUUGUUGAAGUUGUCACGAGCAGAUAUAGUUUGGAGCGAAAAAGAUUGCAUGUCUUUAAGGGGACCAGGAAAGCUAACCUGUGUCUAAGAAACACCUCAGAACAAAUUGAAGGAAGGAAUCCUGACAAAACCAAAAUGUCAAGUGUAAAGAUAAUAGACCUGGAGGAAGAUGGUUCGGAUGAUGAACAGAUGAAAAGAAGGAAUGCAAGCUCACCUGUAGAUCCUAAAGAUAGUACCAUGGAAACGCCUUCAUCCAGUGGCACACAGAUGGCGAGAUUACAGAACUUGAACCAGAAUGCUAUCGCGCCAUAUACAGAGGAUGUUAGAAUAGGAGGGAUGAGAGCCUUCAAUGUGGCAAAUUCUCCUAAUGCUGUAGUCGCUGAGAAGGUAGUCAUCAACCAGAACACUCCUGUGGUUACCCGAUUGGACAAGAUAAAGGGGCAGACCAAGCGAAAACUUGACAAAUUUAGAAGGGAUUCGUACUAUGAAACCAGAGCCGCCAAGUCUGCAAUGGAGUGUUUGAAAAGUGGCUGGGUUUUACUUAAAGGCUCUGAAAAAUGUGGCAAGACAUCACUGGGGCUGUACAUUCUCAAAACCUUUGAUCAGUCCUACAUCCCACUUUAUAUCCAGAAUCAAGGUGAUUUGGAAUGUAUUACAGAUCUGACUGGACUUGAAGAUGUUAAAAAGGAUGGUAAAUCUGAAAUGUUCGUCAUUUUCAUUGAUGUUCCCUUUAAGAGGCAUGAUGAAGUUGAUACCCACUUAACUGAUGCAGUGGAACUUGCUAGCAGAGGUGCAGCUCAUGUCAUAAUAAGCAUUUCAACAAGGAACCUGCCAAAGCUGGAGAAAUCUACUCUGCUUAAAUGUCAGGGGAAGAAUUCCCAACAUGCAGUGACUCUACAAGACCUUCCUUUGCAAGAACAUGAACGAUAUGAAAUUUUGAAACUGAAAUUAAAGCCACAGACAGUCAAAUCUUUAGGACCAACAGAGGGCUCUCAAGAGGCGAUACUUCAGGAGAUUGCAAGGUUAACUGACCACCCCUGGUUCUUGAUGGCCAUUGAGUCAAGUGGCUCUAAAAAGGGCACAGAGCUAGUGACAAGCUUAAAGAACCCAGUUGGUUCCUUCAUUCAGCAGCUUGAACACAUGGCCGAAAACGAACAGAUGAAAUUUGCUGCACUUGUAAUGAUUGUGAAAGAUGGUUUCUUAUAUGAAGCCAAGAAUAGGCCUCCAAGAUCACCCAAAUCUCCACAACCAUUUUUUGAAAAUUUAAACAAGAUACUUGACAUACCAGGCAUUUCACUGGGGAAGAUUCAGGAAGCAGCAAAAGGUAUGAUAGGAGAGUACUUGAUUUGCACAAACAAAAGAUAUACAGUUAUUCAUGAAUCAGUCACUGAUGCAGUGUGUCAAGUACUGUUUUCAAAAAGUGAAGAACUCAUGCUUGAAUGGUGCCCCCUCAGUUUUCUCAUCCACAAAACAGUAAUUCAAGACUGUGAAGACGAAGACACAGAUAAACUCGCCAUAGAUGUUUAUUUUGAAGAACCCUUGAUCAGAAGGCUCUUGGAAGAGGAGUGUGUCAUGGAUGCUUUAAAAUUUUCAGGAUUUAAUUCACGAGACUUUGUGAGAAACAUUAAGAAGAAACUCAAGGAGAAAGUUACAAAUUACAAGGAUGUUCUUUUGCAAGCCAUAUCAUUAAAGCAUUUUCCAUUGGUAGAGGAGAUUGUACUGAACGUCUUGAGGACUCUGCCUGGGAGUGGAGAGUAUAUCAAGCAUCUGGCUCUGGAAAGAGCUUGUGAGGCUGGCAACAAAGAAGCUUAUGACCUGUUGCUUAGUGUGGGUGCAAAGGUCAACCUUCCCUGCAUGGCUGCUUGCAAGGUGGGUAAAUGUCCACAAAUUAUCCACAAAGUUUUAAAAGAGCUUGUUAACCAGUUUUAUAACCUCUCUCCUGACACACUGAAGGAAUGGAUUUUGAUUGUCAUAACACAUGGAGAUACUGAUGCAGUAAAAACCUUCAUCACAAAUCUCCAAGGAAGAAAAGGCAGACCUGACUUGAUCGUCAGCGCCCUUGAGGUGGCUUGCAAACUUGGAUCUCUUGAUAAAUACAACGCAGUUAGCUGUGAUGGAUUAAGUCCCAACUGGACAAGCCUGUUAGUAAGUGCCAGUGAAGGUGGAAAUGAGAAAAUCAUCACACAUCUCCUGGAGCAGAGAGACCAUGCGACAUCGGAUGAAAAACCAUGCAAUACAAACCUGGAAGAGAUGUUUCUUGCAGCUUGCAGGUUUAAUAGAAAGGGUGCAGCAGAGCUCCUUCUGAAGAGAAACCCCAGUGUGUUAGAUGGAGUUACUGAAACAGGCCAGACAGCUCUUCAUCUUGCUGCAAGUGUUUCUCACAUUGACAAACCAGACACUCUCACAUGGCUUCUCACGGUGAAGACCUGGGACACCACCACCACUGACAUUGAUGGUUUUACUGCUCUGCAUUCAGCAUGUUUCACUGGGAAUGUGACAUGUGUGGUACAGUUACUGAAGGCAGGGUUUGAUACACAGGCUCCAGAUAAACAUGGAAAUACCCCACUGCAUGUUCAUCUGAAGGGAAGAUUCAUCAACAAACCAGUUGUUGAGAAGCUUGUCAGGGCUAAAAAUGAAAUUCCCAGAAACUCACAUAUCGCCAGUGUGCAAAACAAUGACAAACAAACUCCUGCCCAUUUGCUAUGCAUGAAUUCAAAUGGUAUCAUGGCAUCUAUUCUUCAGUUCUUGAUGCAGGAUGAAGAUGAAUAUAAAAUGGUGGAGAAAACUUACAUUCAUUCUAUAACCAUGAAAGAUAGAAAAGGGCAAACUCCACUCCAUACUCUCAUCGCUUCGACAGGGACCACAGCGGUCUUAAGGCUCCUUCUUGAGAAGAGCAAUGUGGAUGUAAAGACAGCUGAUGCUGAGGGAAACACAGUACUUCAUCUUGCAUGCAGGACAGGUAACGAUGAAGUCAUCAAGAUGUUGAUGCCGAGGACAGGUAAUAGAUUAACAUACAAAGAGACAAAUCAGCAAGGACAGACACCACUACAUUGCUACGCUGAAAAUGGCUGUGAUGGGAAAAUAACAGAACUUUUAUGUAAAGAUGUAGAUGCAAAAGAUUUGCAAGGUGAAACAGCUUUGCAUCAUGCUGUGAGCAAAGAAAAUAAAUCUGAUGUUGUAAAAGCACUGAUGAAAUUAGGUGCAAAUCUGAACUCGACAGAUAACAAGGGGCAAACUCCGUUGCAUAAAGUCUCCAAUGUGUCACAUGGCACAAGCGUGGAAGUUGCUCAGAUGCUUGUACAGGGACUUAUCAAUAAACCACAGAGAGCAGACGUCAGUAUUGCAGACAAAGAACAAAUGACAGCAUUGCAUCAUGCCUGUGUAUCAAGAGGAGUGUGCAGUUCACUGGUUGCAGAGUUUCUUCUGUCUUGCAAAGGAGAUAUUUGGAGUCAGAAUAUGCACACACACUUACCAAUCCAUAUCUGCUGCAUUGAAUGUUCCAAAUACAGUCCAGCUGUGCUGAGAGUUCUUCUUAAGCAUCUUCAUACAAGUCCUGAAUCAAGAGAUGUCCAGCGAAUGCUGUCUGCUGGUGACAAGUAUGGGGACACCCCUCUACACAAAGUAUGCCUGUCUUCAGGGCAGUGGAGGAAAGAAGUUGCUGAAAUCCUUAUUGAUGCUGGAGCUGAUCUUACUCAAGCUAAUUCUGCCGAUGAUACCGUCAUGGACAUAGUGAUAAGGAACCGAGUAAAUGAUUUGAAUGAAUUGAUGAUUAUGAAAGCACUCAUGAGAGCAUGUAAGCUAGACAUCAAAGUCCAAAAUUUGGAGAAGUUACUGUCAUGUGAUCACAUUAACAGUGACAGCCUGUCCCUGAUGCUUCAAAGACUUGUACAGUGUGAUGAACAACACACUGUCGGUGUCCUGGAGAGGCUGAUUCAGAAAGGUGCUGACAUACACCGAACCACUGCCGAUGGUCUGACUAUGAUACACCUGGCUGCCACAACACAGGGGGAGUUCACUGAUCGCAUUAUUGGGUUCCUCAUCUCAAAUGGAGCUGAUCUGUGUGCAGAGGACAAGGGAGGGGAAAGUGCUUUACAUAAAGUGGCUGAAGGAAUGACUCCCCAUUGUGCAGGUCUUAUAAGAUUUCUUCAUUCAAGCGGAAUACCAAUUGAUGCAAAGGAUUCCAUGGGAAAUACUGCACUUCACAAGCUGUUUUCAGCUAUGCCCAAACUGAGUGAACACUACAGAACUUGUAUGGAAGUACUUAUCAAACUGAAAUGUCCUGUUGAUUCUCCUAACAAACAAGGACAUACCUCUUGUGCAUUGGCUAAGAAACAUGGUGAGACGGUCAUAAAAGAACUCCUGCACACAUAUUGCACAAAACUAGAUAUUCUGGACUCAAAUGCCUUGAAAGACAUCAUAGCAAAUGGAGCAGAUAUCAACAGCACGGACCUCGAUGGAAACACAGUGCUACACAAGAUAUGCACAAGAAGGGUUUCCUUUGUAUGUAACAAUGUUAAGGUCUUGCUGAAGCUUGAAGCUGACAAGUUCUUGAAGAACAAGGAAGAAAAGCUGGCAUUUGACUUAGCUUGUGAUACGGGACUGGAUGAGGAUGUGAGAGAGUUGACUGUGACCGAGAGGCCUUCACCAGAAGAUCUAGAUACCGAUGGGGCAUCAGCAGCCACAACUCCAACUUUUCCUCUUCCUCGUCCAAAGUGGGUAAGGAGGUCACCCUCAGAAGACUGGGUAUAUGAUUUUCGGAAUGGGAUGACUGGUAUUAGGAAUGCAGCCGGCAUGGACCACAUGGACGAUGAAAUGGAAAACUUUGAAAGAAAUGCAAGGAGAAAACUGAACAAUCACUUCAAGCAAUACUUGUGACUAUUAGGGCGAUGAUUUCAAAGAAAAUCAUUUAUCAUGUAUGUGAAGCAUCAACAUAUGAUUUACACAAUAUGUGAUUAUAGUUUGUACAUAUUCACGUUGAAGAUAUACCAUGGAGAUCACACUUGAGAUAUUGCAUAAUCAUAGGACUAUUGUAUUAUUUUUAAUAACACCCUCCAACCUGAUCUCGAAAUCCCUUGAUAUUACAUACUUACCUUGGAAACAGACUAAGCGUACAACAGCUUAUGUAGGAGUAAUUCUGAAGUAAUACAGUUUUUGGACAAUUAUUGCUUUGGUGAAAUCCAAGAGCAUGAAUAGGGUGAUUAUAAACAUGUUCUUUGUAAGUCUGGGUCAGGGAAGCAACUCUCUGCAAGAAUAGUGGCACUUGGGAAGCCUGGCUCACCUGUGACUGGGACCAUGUCAGCAUGGAAUAGUGGUGCUUGUGAAAGU